AUGAUUGUCUCUUUACCUCUCCGUCGGUUCUUAUCUAUCUAUCUAUCUAUCUAUCUAUCUAUCUAUCUAUCUAUGAGGUUGUUUCUUUCUUUCUAUCUACCUAUCUAUCUAUCUAUCUAUCUAUCUAUGAGGCUGUUUCUAUCUAUCUAUCUAUCUAUCUAUCUAUCUAUCUAUCUAGUUGGUUGUUUCUAUCUAUCUAGGUGGUUGUUUCUAUCUAUCUAUCUAUGCAUAGUCAGUUCAUUAUCUAUCUAUCUAUCUAUCUAUCUAUGCUUAUUCAGUUCAUUGUCUAUCUUAAUCUAUUCAUUUCUAUCUAUCUAUCUAUCUAUUGGUGCUGCUAUAUAUAAAAAUCUAUUUCAUAUUCAUGAACAAUUAUUCUUUCUUUCUUUCUUGCUUUCUUUCUUUCUUUCUUGCUUUCUUUCUUUCUUUCUUUCUUUCUUUCUUGCUUUCUUGCUUUCUUUCUUUCUUUCUUUCUUUCUUUCUUUCUACCUUCCAUCCAUUCUUUCUUUCCUUCUCUUUUUAUUCUGCAUUCUCUCUAUUCUUUCUUUCUUUAUUUCCUUUUUUCUUUCAUGUCCUACCCUCUCUCCAUUCUUUCCUUCCUUAUUUUAUUCUGCCUUCUUUCUUUCUUUCUUUUAUUUUGCUCUUUCUCAUUUCGUUUUUCUUUCUUUUAUUUUUCCUCUUUCCAUUCUUUCUUUCUUUCUUUUAUUCUUCCUCUUUCCAUUCUUUCUUUCUUUCUUUUAUUCUUCCUCUUUCCAUUCUUUCUUUUAUUUUCCUCUUUCUAUUCUUUUCUUUCUUUUCUUUCUUUUUAUUUUCCUUCCAUCCAUUUUUCUUUCUUUCUUUUAUUUUUCCUCUUUCCAUUCUUUUCUUUCUUUCUUUUAUUCUUCCUCUUUCCAUUCUUUUUCUUUCUUUCUUUCUUUUAUUCUUCCUCUUUCCAUUCUUUCUUUCUUUUCUUUUAUUUUCCUCUUUCUAUUCUUUCUUUUCUUUUUUUAUUUUCCUCUUUCCAUUCUUUUUUUUUUUUCUUUUAUUUCUUCCUCUUUCCAUUCUUUUUUUCUUUCUUUUCUUCUACAUUCUUUCCAUUCUUUCUUUCUUUCUUUUAUUCUUCCUCUUUCCAUUCUUUCUUUCUUUCUUUUAUUUUCCUCUUUCCAUUCUUUCUUUCUUUCUUUUAUUCUUCCUCUUUCCAUUCUUUCUUUCUUUCUUUUAUUCUUCCUCUUUCCAUUCUUUCUUUCUUUCUUUUCUUCUACAUUCUUUCCAUUCUUUCUUUCUUUCUUUUAUUCUUCCUCUUUCCAUUCUUUCUUUCUUUCUUUUAUUCUUCCUCUUUCCAUUCUUUCUUUCUUUCUUUUAUUUUCCUCUUUCCAUUCUUUCUUUCUUUCUUUUAUUCUUCCUCUUUCCAUUCUUUCUUUCUUUCUUUUAUUUUCCUCUUUCCAUUCUUUCUUUCUUUCUUUUAUUCUUCCUCUUUCCAUUCUUUCUUUCUUUCUUUUCUUCUACAUUCUUUCCAUUCUUUCUUUCUUUCUUUUAUUCUUCCUCUUUCCAUUCUUUCUUUCUUUCUUUUAUUUUCCUCUUUCCAUUCUUUCUUUCUUUCUUUUAUUCUUCCUCUUUCCAUUCUUUCUUUCUUUCUUUUCUUCUACAUUCUUUCCAUUCUUUCCCUUUUUAUUCUGCGUUAUCCCUGUUCUUUCUUUCUUUCUUUCUUUCUUUCUUUCUUUCUUUCUUUUCAUUACUUUUUCCUUCUUUUUGUGUUUUUCUUUUUCUCUUUUCUCCUCUUUGUUUUUUUUUAAAUUUAUUCUCAUCCUUUCUUUCCCUCCCUACCCGCUCUCUCUCUCUCCCCCUCUCUAUCUCCCCCUCUCUCCCCUCUCUCCCCCUCUCCCCCUCUCCCCCCUCUCUACCCCCCUCUCUAUCUCCCCCCCUCUCUCUCUCUUAUUCAGUCGUUUUCAUAUUAAUCUCAUUUAUUCAUUCUUCUCUUCAUUCACAUUUUAUAUUUUCUAA